AUGGGUUCUGGCUCUCCUCCAGCCCCAGGGCCCAAGCCCAAGGCGAUCCCUUCUCACCUAUUAAACGGUGGCUCUCCUCUUAACGGCACAUCUGUCGCCUCGAGGGAUGCCCGCGAGCGGGACAGCUUGAACUCUUCGAUUCGCACAUCUUUCGCUCCUCGUGUCCCCGUCGAGUUUGACCAGCCUGAGUCUGAGACGCAAUCAGCCGAACAUGCUAGCAGUUACGACAAUCCCCGUCGCAGGUCUUCAGUGACCAAGCCUUCGUUACACGAUCCAGCCCGCGAUCCCAGAGACGAAGCUGGCGCCCUCACCCCACCAGUUACUGCCAGCCGCCCCGCUAGUCCGUAUACGUUGGCCCCCGCAGUCGACUUUGAUGGCCUGAGCUGGCCCUGUCCCGGAACGCGGGCGCGGCUUGAGUCAUCACCCGAGGAAAACGAGGAGCGCAUCAAGAAGCUGUCCGGAGCUGUUCGGACAAUUCUCGAAUGCCUCGGGGAAGACCCAGAGAGAGAAGGCCUCCGGGAAACGCCUGAUCGGUAUGCGAAAGCCAUGCUCUACUUUACCAAGGGGUAUGAGGAGAACGUGAGGGAUCUUGUCAAUGGCGCUGUCUUCCAUGAAGACCAUGACGAAUUGGUUAUUGUCAAGGAUAUUGAAGUGUUCUCGCUGUGCGAACACCACAUGGUGCCCUUUACAGGCAAGAUGCAUAUUGGUUACAUCCCCGAUCGCCGUGUCCUCGGUCUUUCCAAGCUCGCCCGCCUGGCAGAGAUGUUCUCUCGGCGACUACAAGUGCAAGAGCGCCUAACCAAACAAGUCGCGCUUGCAAUCUCCGAAGUCCUGAAACCUCGUGGUGUCGGUGUGGUCAUGGAAUCCGCGCAUCUCUGUAUGGUGAUGCGUGGAGUCCAAAAGACCAGCAGCACCACAACCACCAGCUGCAUGCUCGGAUGCAUGCGCUCCAGCGCGAAGACCCGAGAGGAGUUCUUGACCCUUCUGAACAGGAAAUAA